UCGUCAAGCAAAAAAACGCGUUGACUGUAGGCCGCAAUAUUUGAGCAUAUUAGCUUAUCUGAUAGCCUAGAGGACCGUGAAAUUUCAAUUAUUUUCGGGGGAUAUUGAAAAUAAGUCGGUUUUUUUUUUUAUAGGAUAGAGUAACGCCUGCCAACUGCUGACCUACUGGUAUGUCUUACGUGAACGAACAUGCCUCAGGCGGGAGUCGUAAUCAAGGUAUUUAUCUGGACUUUAGCUCUGGCGCAGGAGAAAACGAAGAAAAACCCGCAUCCAGCGAUAGUGUAGGCCAAGUUAACAAAAGCUUUGCUCUUGAGGAGAGAGGGAAUCUCUGGAGAGUACCUUCCCAGGAAUCAAUGGCAUCUACAGACACUUAUAACAGCAAUGCCUCCAGCAUGGUCCAUGUUAGACCGGCCAAUGCAGGGUAUGAUGAAGGUGAUGAUGAUGCGUGGGAAGAUGACCAAAAUUUAGCGAAAAGCAUGCCAAGCCACCAGUUUCGCUCCAUUAGAGGUCUGCCAUCUGAAAAUGCCUUUAAGCAAGGGGUGCGAAGAACUCUUAAACAGCGGGUGAACAAUUCACGGGCAUCUUUUAGAAGCUUGUCUCAAGAUAGCACAGAUGAUGCCACCGCCAAUGGCUAUGAAGAUGAAGUGAUCCGUGGUAUGGAUCUUACAUCAGAAGAGUUUGCUGAGCUGACAAAAAGGAGGAAGUCCAUCAAGGAAAUGCCAACAUCAAUUAGGCGAAAGCGCAGUCUCAGAGAGAAUGUUGCUGAGUCAGCAGUCCGAAGAGGAAAGGCAAAAAGAAUUAGCACCUGGAAACAAAUUAAGUUCUCAGUUGCCAUGGUAAAUAAUACAAUGUAAAUAAUGUAAAUAUUAGUUAAAUUUUACU